AUGGACGGUCAUGAAAGUUCAGUGUGUAUUCUUCGACUCGACUCUUCUUUGAAUUUAGCAAAUUCUUCUGAAUCUGCGUCUUUGCCUCAGGCAUUAUCAUCAGCUCAGGAUAUGCAUAUGGAUAGCAGCGUCCCUGAUGAGAUAACUAAAACCAAAACUACAACAGAGUAUGAUAAAAAAAAUGAUUUGUGUGCUAUUCCUGGCCUUUAUCGACUGCUGGAUUUGUACAAGGAUGUGGACUUGCAUGAUAUUAAGCGUCUUUGCGAUGAUAUCAUGCCAAAUAGUUUCAAGUCUAUAUCAAAGAUAAAUUACAAAAAGUUGAAUUCCCGUUCUAUCCGGCUCGUGGGGUGUUAUGGCCGCAAUGAAUUAAUUGCAAAGUUUUUGCACAAUAAGAAUAUUAUCAGUAAGGAAAAUUAUGAAUGGAUUAAUUUAUCGUCUGCUGACAAGCUUUCACGUGAAGUUAUGCCUCCCCUCCGGCCAGGUAUUUAUCUUCAACAAGUGUUAUCUACUGAAAAGGUGAAUCCUCUUUUUUUGGUCAUUCAUUGGAGCGAAGAUGGUUGUUAUGAUGAUUCUGCAUCUUCAUAUAGAAAGAAAAAUAUGACAAAUUUACAUAGAUACCUCACAAAAUUGACUGACCGUCAAAUUUGUUUAAUGAGCGAACAUGAUCUGGAAAGCGUUGAUUUUGAAGUAAAAGAAAGCCAAGAGCAAAAAGAAGAUUUCAAAAUUGUUCCCGGAUUCCAAGUCAAUAUUUCAGGAUUGGAGCCACGCCAAGCCCCAAGAAAUGAUUAUCUCAAUAAUAUCCCAUUGAAUUCUUUUGUUGUUGAUUCUGUAUCAAAUCAAACCUUCAUUACGCGUGAAAUUGUCCCCGAAACCAAGUCUAUCAAGAGCGACACGAUAUCAUUUAAUUCGACAUCUUCUUUACGCGAAUGGUUCAGAAGUAAACUAGAAACUCAAAAAUGUGCCUUAAUUAUAGACACCAGCUUAAAAAUGUCAAACCUUGAAGUAAUUGUCAAGGACGGAUUAGGGUUAGAAGAGAUUCUUAAACCAUAUUAUGAUGAAUUGAUUAAACUCGACCAGGAGAAGAUUAGGACUAAAGAGCAACAUGAAGAAAAAGAUACCUUGCUUACAGAGAGACUUGCAUGGCACAUUCUCAAACUCAAAUAUAGUAAUUUCGAGGAAAUCUUACAUGAACAAUCUGACAUCAUAAAAGAAGAUGAAAAAAAUUAUAUUCAGCAAAGUUAUCCUGAAAUUGUACAAAAAUUGGAGAAAUUCAUUGAUUUCAUUGACUACGAACCAUGGAUAAAUCUUAAGAGACGGUUUAUUCUUGCAAAAGCUUUAAGUGAAAAAAUUGCUGCUCCGGACCCAAGACCAACUUUUUUGAAAAUAUUUUUCGACGAAGAGUUAGAAUUAAAAAACCUCGUCAAAAAAUGGGUAAACAAGAGUAAAAGUGAUAUGGUAAAAAAUAUCAAAAAAGAGGCAUCUCAGAUUCUUGACAGUCAAUUUUUUAAAGAAAUUUCCCACGACGAAGAAAUAUUUAGUGCUUUUUAUACAGAAUAUGAUGUUUGGAGAAAUUCAGAAUUUAUAGUAUUUAUAGAAACUAAAAAGUUUUUACAAAUACAUUCCAGCACGCAAUUUUUACAGGAGUUGGAUCGCGAUUUUAGUAAAAAAAGACAUGAACUUGAAAUUCGAGAAGUAGAUCUUAUCUGUUCUGAUGUUAAUAAGAAAUAUCCCGAAGGAGAACUUUUAAAGAUAAAAGGCCUUGAAAUAAAAACAUAUAAAAUUUAUGAAGCUAUUUAUAAUAUAAUGAAGUAUAAAUAUCAUCUUUCUAUAGAAAAUGAGGUCCUAAACCCAGCAAAGUUAAAAAUUACCAUAUAUGAAACAAGGAUUAGCAAGGAAGAUUCUAUGGAAUUAGAAAAAGUUGACUCCUUCAUACCUACACCUUUAUUACAUAGCUCGGGUCAAAAUUCAGGUGUUUCAUUCGAAAUUGAUCCCCAAAAAUAUGAAAUUAUCAACAUAUCACAAUUCGAUAAAAAGUUUCUUGUAAUUUUAUGGAACAAAGUUAAAACUGAAAAAAAAAUGGAACUUUACUUUGAUUCAUUACAACGCCUGCCCAUGAAAAUCAAUUCGCAAUCUCCAAUUAAAAAAUUAACGUCUGGUCCCAAUUCGAAAAUUGCCAUUAAUGAUUCGAAGGGGUUGAUUGCAGUUUAUAGACCUAACGAUGCUGUGCUCAAUGUUUUUGGUGUCGAUGAUGAUAAAACAAAUCUUAGAUUGAGCUACGGGAACAUUCAACUUAAGCAAUAUUAUAAUAACGUUGCUCCAGAAAUCACCCAUUUUCUUUUCAUAAAAAAUACUGAAGAUAUUUGUUUUGUUGAAAAUAAUGGUAAAGCAAAGAUUUAUAGUUUAAUUAUUGAUAGGUUUCGUCCCGGGAUCGCUGAUUUUCCGUCUUCAGCUAAAAAAAUUUUAAGUACUCCGGAUGGUGCCUGCAUUGUGGUCUUUACCGCAGUGCAAGAGGGAUUCAAGGAUAUUGAAUUGACGGAUGCGUUAAUCUCAGAGAAUGAGGAU